UAACCGGCUAAAAGUUCAUCCAGUUUGAUUUGUUUUCGAAAUUGUUUUACAGAAAAUAUUUAGAGACAAAUUUUUAUUAAUAUGGAUACAAGUGUAAAUACGUUCUUCGUUUCGGAGAAAAUAUCAAAAAUUCGGUGGCUGCCCGGUGAUCUGCAAGCUAACGAACGUUUCUUAACUGGCACCUGGGAUAUGCCAGCAAACUUUGUGCGUCUUUGGCGUUUGCAACAAAAUCAAUAUGCUGAUGACUAUAAUGAGUUUGUUCCACGCUGCAGUGAUAAACAAGAAUUCAAUGGCGACAUAACUGGUCUAGAAUUCGUUGACACGGAUUUGGCCGCUGUCAGUUGUGCUGAUGGUCGUUUAACUAUAUUACAAGUCAAUCGCGCUGUAGACGAGGACAGCUUAGAAGAAAAAGCUCAAAGUGAAAUCUUGCAUAAGUUCAACGCCAGUGGUGACUCAGCACCAUGCACCGGUAUAUCAGUAUAUGAAAGGGAUAUUGCUACAGUCGGUGAAGAUGGCUAUUUGAAUGUUGUCGAUGCUAAUGAUGUGCAUAAAGUACGCCGAAGCAUUGAGGCAGAUAGUAUAGCGCUCACUGCAGUAAAAUAUGUAAAUCCACAUGAGGUACUUACAGCCAAUCGUAUGGGUGUUAUACGUAUGUUCGAUAUACGUGCCGCUGUCGAUGAAACUGCUGUCACUGCAUUCAUGACGUCAUGUGAAGAAGAGAAACGUUCCAAUUAUGUAUCAGCACUCACAUCGCAUCCCACCCAACCACAUAUCGUAUUGGCCGGCUCUGAGGAAGGCUCCAUAACCGUAUGGGACCUACGGCAACCCGGCUUUCCAGCUUCAUAUUUAAGUGCACACAACAGCGCAAUAACUGAAAUUGGUUUCCAUCAUAGAGAACCUUCAAAGCUUUACACGGCUUCUGAAGGUGGUGAACUAUGGCUGUGGAUGCAACAAUCGACUAUGAAUAUAACAACUAUGGAAAAUAAAACAAGUGAAAACGUAAAUCCUUGGUUGAACGGUGAGCGCGCAAAGAACAGGAUCAAUGUCACAUGCCUAAUUUCCAAUUUACGUAAAUCUAUUAAUACAUUUGAUGCAAGUGGCUCGAAGAUCAUAUGUGGCAGCGAUAGUGAAGCCAUUUAUGUUAUUGAUAGUGUAUAUUAAAUGUAUUGUUUAAUUUAAGUAUUUGGAAUAAAGUAAAAUUAUUUUUUCUUA